UACUGCUAUAUCGAUUUUACAAUAAGCUGAUAAAAUCAACCCCAAAAUAGUCUUGCGAUUUCACCGGCACCGGAAAAUUCUCGCCGCCGUAUGAAAUGGAGGACGAAAAGCUGGCCGCUUACUACGACGACCUGACUCGUAGAGGUGGCGGCGCCGCCCGAUUCAAGCAGGGCCUCGGCUUCUCUUCCAACAAUUCAUCCCAAAACGACGACGUUCCGUCCAGGGGCUCCGCUCUCCCCGCCGCCUCAUCAUUCCUCAGUAGCUUCGUCAGAGAAUCCAGCCCUUCUAAAACUUCCGGCUUCGAAAAGCAAGCGCAGCUUCAAUCAAUCCAAAACAAGCUCAGUAAAAAGCCUAAGCCCCGGAGCCCUAGCCCUAGCCCUAGCCGACACAGAAUUAGGGCUAAACAUUCAAAUCGGCGUAGCACGAGCCGGAGCCCUAGCCGAGAUAGAAUUAGGGAUAGGAAUUCGGAGCGGCGGAGCCCUAGCCGGACGCGGUCCAGGCGUCGGUCUAGGAGUAGGAGUAGAGAGAGGAAUAGAGAGAGAAGUAGGAGGCAUGGAUCACCGGAAGAGCGGUGGUUGGAUAAAGGGAAGAAGCGGGAGGUGGCGCGUGGUGGUGCUAGGACUGAUUUUGCUAAAUUGAUUGGGGGUUAUGAUGAUAUGACACCAGCUGAAAGAGUCAAAGCCAAGAUGAAGCUUCAGCUUUCAAAAACUGCUGAAAAUGAUGAAACGAUUGGCAAAGGCUCUGGAUGGGAGCGUUUUGAGUUCGACAAGGAUGCCCCUCUCGAUGAUGAUGAGGAGGAGAUAGAAGCUGCGGAUGAUGAUGCUGCGUUGGUCAAGAAAAUGGGACAGAGCUUUCAUUUCUCUGCAGUGUCGGCGAGGAAAGAGGAAGAGAUGAAGGCUCUUCACGAUGAUGCAAUCUUUGGAGUCUCUUCGCACCCAACACCUCCUGCAGAGACAGACGACGAGGCACAAGUCGCGAACCAUGGAGAUGAAAACGUUGAAACUGCUCCUGCGCCAAGUCUUCUAAGUAACCAGGUUUUAACCAGGCAGAAAGGAUCUUGGCGUGAUCGUGUUUGCAAACGAUGAAGUCCUGGAACAUUUUUGUGAGGUAGUACAAUAUUUAUAACCAGUAUUUAAUGGUUUUAUGUGAGUAUAUAAUAUAGGACACGGUCGAAGAAUUAGUGCCAUUAGAAAAUUUUAAGCAGUUUGUAACAUUGGUCAUGGAAUUAGAGCAAUGAUAGUAACAUUGGUCAUGGAAUUAGAGCAAUGAUAGUACCAUUGGUCAUGGAAUUAGAGCAAUGAUACAUGUCUGAAUUUGGAUGAUUUUGAGAUUGUUUGUCAACUUAUUUAUUCCCUAAGAAUCCCAGAUACACCUCUUUACUUUU